AUGGGGCAGUAUGUGCGAAUCGCUGUGAAUUUUCCUUUAGGAACUUUACAUCUCGUUACUAUCCUCGCAGUAUUGAAUGCUCGAUCACGCGAGACGCCUGAUUUGCCGGUAUUUGAAGAGUAUGAAUUCGGUGCGGCAGGAUACAAAGCUGAACUAAACAAUGGCAUGAGCAAAGUCAACAUCGAAGGUUCUUUACGCAUAGGAAAUCCCUCAAUCAAGAUUCCUCCAAGAAUAUUGCGAAGAGAACCCGCAAUCACGGUCUUAGUACAACAGGAGACACACAUUAUCGGAAUUUCCGAAACCAACAGCGAUGAUCGAAAUUCCACGCUACGGCACCAUGAAGAUUCUGAUGAUACUGAAUUCCAUGAUAAAAUCCGAAUCGAUGCAAAUGGUAACCGUGCAUUUGGCUCGGUGGUCGCUCUUCUCAAGGAUACUUUCACGCCCCUAGUUACCCGGUUAGGCAAUACCAAACACCUCUCGUUUUUAGUAGGACACUUCCUACCGACACGGGCGUCCGCUCUUUAUUUCUCGACUACCACUGCGAUGGUUUUUAAUCUGAACUUGACAUUCGGAGCCGCCUAUGUUGGAGUAAUCUUAGCUGCCUUUGUGUAUGGGAUUGCAACUCUUCAAGCUUACACAUAUUGGCUAGAGCGCCGUCGUGAUAGUACGCUCCAGCGAUUCUAUGUCAUGCUGUUAUGGUCCUUGGAUACGUUCAAACUUAUUUGCAUUUGUCACAUGGAAUAUUUUUACGGGAUAAAAAACCAUGGGAACCCAUCUGCGCUGGCCAGGAGUACUUGGUAG